CGUUAAUAUAUGCCAAUCACGUCGCUGCUCCAACUGCAGACACACUCACCACACAUCGACCAUGCUGCGGAGUCUGGUGCAGCGCUCGUCGCGCGCGUCUACGGGGCUAUUGCGGCCCGUGCGCUGCUUCUCGUCUGUAGUAAAUGAAACAGAGACCCGGAGUUUCCUAGAGGAUCAUCCACGUCUGCGCAUCGCGCUCGUGGGUCGAACUAACGUGGGUAAGAGCACGCUCUUUAACCGGCUGACCAAGACCAGGUCGGCUAUUGUGCACAAUGUGCCUGGUACUACGCGUGAUCGGCGCUACAAGCGUGCUACGGUAGCAGGACUAGAAUUAGAUGUGGUGGACACCGGAGGACUGGAAGACACGCCCUCUGGGACCCUGGAGGAAGGAAUGCUCGAGCAGACCAGACUCGCCGUGCACGAGGCGGACCUCGUCUUCUUCCUGGUGGACGGACGCCAAGGCAUUACGCCGGUAGAUAAACAUUUCGCUAGAUGGCUGCGCAAAGAGAACCCUCGGGCGCCAAUCCAUUUGGUGGCUAACAAACUGGAAGGAGACCCGGAACGCUGGGAGGACGAGCUCAAUGACUGCUACCAGUUGGGCAUGGGAGGAGCCAUCCCGUUGUCAGCGGAGCACGGAGAAGGCAUCACGCUGCUGUUGGACGAGAUCAUUCCGGUGUAUGAGAAGUUUGAAAAGGACAAGCAGGAUAAGGAGGCGAAGCUGAAGGAACAGGAGGGAGAACAAGACGAGGACGACCCGCGUACGAUCAAGCUUGCAAUUGUGGGACGUCCCAAUGUCGGCAAGUCCACGCUGCUCAACAAGAUUGUCCGCAACGACCGCGUGCUAACGGGCCCCGAGCCAGGUGUGACGCGCGAUUCCGUGGAGGUGCCGUGGACAUUCCACGGUCGUCCCAUUAAGCUCGUGGAUACUGCAGGUAUCCGACGCUACAGCAAGCGUGACCAUAACGACCAGAUCGAGAACUUGUCGGUGCGCGAUUCCUUCCGUGCAAUUGACUCGGCUCAAGUCGUGGUGGUGGUCGUGGAUAUGAGUGAGCCGAAGCUCAUCCACAUGGAUCUGACCAUCGCUCAGCGUGUGAUCGAAGAGGGUCGUGCACUGGUGCUUGCGGCCAACAAGAGCGACCUGGCCGGUGCCAGCGUUGACUUCGAGAUGCAGAGAAUUCAGAACGAACUGCAUGACUCGCUUGCCCAAGUGCGUGGUGUUCCUGUUGUACCCAUCUCUGCACUCACAGGCAAUGGGAUCAAGAAACUCGUACCGGAAGUGCUGAAGGCGUAUGAGAAAUGGGACCUUCGUGUCACUACCGGCCGUCUGAACCGAUGGCUGAAGGCUAUGGCUCGACACCACCCGCCUCCGACGGUCAAGGGCAAGACGCUGAACGUCAAGUACGCGACACAGGUCAAGUCUCGUCCGCCUACAUUCGCUGUGUUCGUAAGCAACCCGUCCGAGGUGCCCGAGUCGUAUCAGAGGUUUUUGCUGAGCCAGCUUCGCGAGGAAUUCGACAUGGUGGGCGUGCCAGCUCGUCUGCUGCUACGUGGCAACAAGGAGAAUCCAUUCGAGAAGCGCAAGAAGUUCCAGCAGCGCACCAGUAGCGUGCUGUACGGCAAGCAGCGUCAGACGCAGAAAGCUACCGACGCAUCAACUGCUGAUGCGAAGAAAGACAAGAAGCCAGGCUUGACCAGGAAGCAGAAGACUGGACACUUUACUCCUCGCCGCUUCAAGGGAAAGAAGAAGUAAGCACCGACAGAUAGAUAGAGCUACCCAUACACAGUAUACAUUGCAUCGAGCACAUGUAUUUCAGAAUGGCUCACAGCACUUACACUACUUCUCUAUCACUACAAGUGCCAUGUGGAUCCCACGCUGUAUUAAAUGUGGCCGGGGAAGCACUGCUCCAGAG